UGUCAAUUGCCUACCCGAAUAUCCCUGCAAUCGGAAAUGUUCAAUGGUAUUUGGACCCGCAAUUUGCACCAAGGCGAUGCCUGCAACAAGGUCAACCAUCUGCCGGAGCCACAGCGCUGUCAAUUCGUGAGGGAAACGGCAGACUGCAGGGACAACAUGUACCUGAUCAACUACCUCACGUGGCACUACUGCAACGUGGACUCGCGCAACAAGUUCAACGCCUUUUGGAGCAUGCUGGCCAUGACGGUGGUCGCCACCUACAUCUUCUGGAUGAUGCAGAAGUCCGUGCGAGCGUACUUCUGUCCCACCCUCAAGGUGCUGGCGGACACCUUCAGCAUGAACGAGAACUUGGCCGGGGUGACGCUGCUGACCAUAGCCAAUGGGUCGUCGGACUUGUUUACGGCUGUGGCCGGGCUGCUGGUCUUCUCGAAGUGGGGCUUCCUCAUGUCCAUGACGCAGACACUGUUCCAGCACACCUUCGUGGCGGGCCUGGUGAUGCUCACGAGACCCUUUUACGUGGAGCCGAGCUACUUUCUGCGGGACUUUGGCUUCCUCUUCCUGAACACAACCUUCAUGGACUUUAUCCACAAGCGGGAGUCGGGCAUCACGAAACUGGGAGCCGUUCCAGGGGCCUUCAUCUACUUGGCGCACGUCAUGGUGGCCAUCAUGGAUCAGAGCCUGCUUCAGGCUCGCGUUUACCAGCUGCAGAAGACCGAGGGUAGCGAGCCACAGGCGGAGCAGCUGGAGGAGCUCAUGCGGCAAACGGAUUUGGGUGUUAAUCGGGAGAAGCUAACGAGGAGUGCUGCACGCCGUCGCGGAGGCGCCAACAGACAUCUCCUCCAGCAGUUCUGGGAAUCGAUCUUCAAGUUCGACAAGGAGCAAUUCCGGCGCGGGUCCAUCGGUGUCCGAAUCUAUCUGCUCAUCAAGGAGCCCAUGGAAAUGCUGCUCCGUCUGCUGGUCCCAGUUGUGGACGUGGAGAAGCCCAACCACGGCUGGUCCAAGCUGCUCUGCUGCCUGCAGUUCAUCAUCGCCCCCACCUACAUCUUCUUCAUACUGCUCAAGGACGUCAAUCUGUUGGGCACUGCCGUCUACAUCGUGGCCUUCUACAUAAUGCUGCCCUUGGGCUGCCUCAUCUUCUGGCGCACCCGCACCGACACCACGCCGAAAUUCUUCAGGUUUACGGCCAUUCUGGGCUUCAUUUCCGUCAUCUUUCUGAUCUUCUUCCUCACCUCGGAGGUGAUGGCGAUGUUCUUCACCAUCGGCACCAUCUGGCACAUGAGCCAGUCCUUUGUCAUGGCCACAGCCAUCUGCUGGGGCAUGAACGCCGGCGAUCUUGUGGCCGGCAUAGUGCUGGCACGGCAGGGAUUUCCACGCAUGGCAUUCGCGGCCACCUUCUCCUCUCCGGUGUUUGGAACCUUUGUCAAUCUGGCCCUGCCCCUGGCCCUGGAGACGACUGUGCGCUCCGUGGGCAAUGCCUUCCCAGUGGAUGAGGGCAGCUUUGGGGAGACUGCCUGCAUCUUCGCGGAGGUGAGCCUGGUCUUCUCCCUGGUGGCCGCUUUGACCACAAACUUCCAGAUGCGACGGGCCUGUGGCCUGCUACUCGUGGCCUACUAUCUGUUCUUUGUGGCAGUGCUGCUGCUGCUCGAGACCGAUGUGAUCCAUGCGUACGGCGUGGAUGAUUAGAGGGAGAGCAAGAGAGAGGGGGACAGAGAGAGUGUGACUUCCCAUGCUUCCAUCAAAUAUGCAAAUUCCCCCACAGAGAUGAUUUAUGCCUCAUUAAAUGGCCAGAUUCGAUUCUUUUGGGUCUUAAUUUCCUCUUGUCUCUUCUUCGCGCACUGCUAAUGGACUCUACGAGUGAGCUAUGUAAUGUGCCCCGCGGCUGUCCAGCGCAAGCCUCACUGUACACCCCCCCCAAAAAGUGGACAAACGUGUGCUUAAUAGUACGAAAUCACUGGGGUCUGCUUUCAAGGUCCGUCGGGGCGCGGAAUGGGUCGUCUCAUCAAGCGAACACCAAAGCCUAAGCAAACACCACGACGAUAUGCAAAGCAGGAGGAGAUUAUGCCAGUCCAGACAACGCAAGCAGAGUCGAACAAUUUCAUAAUUUCUUUCAAUUUUUUGUUUGUUUUUUUGUUAAUUUAUUUUGAUUUGUUAU